UUCCCUUAAACGUCAAGUGUAAUUCAUACCACGGGCUUCGUCUCUGUGCUCUCCUUGUCUUGAAGGUGGAGCAGAUAUGAAAAGAAACGGACUAUCAGCCCAUCCAGCAGAAAGCCCUCUGAGAUGAAGUAACUUGUAGACGGUUCUUGCUUAAAUAACAAGCAUCUGUUCGCAGAUUGAACAUCUCCAUCAAUCGAAUGAUAGCAGGGGGCUCUCUGCAAUGGGCCCGGUACCCUUAACGCUCCUGCUUUGCAUCUCAGCACUAGCUGUACUGUUGUCUGCAGCAGUGGACGAUCCCACAGGUGACGAUGACUACACCUGGCCGCAGAGGAAAGUACCACUGGUACAAGAAAAGCAAACAGUGCAUCUGGGCAGUUCUGAGUUUUUGGCUAAGCCGCAGACUGAGCUCCAUGGAAUAUGUGGCAUUGAGUGCCAGCGGGGUCUCCCAGAGCCCAGCCUGGACGAUCUGGAGCAGCUACUGUCCUACGAGACGAUGUAUGAAAAUGGAACCCGCACCCUAACCACCGUCACCAUACAGGAGCUAAACGUUAGUGUUGAUUGGACGGAAGGUUUUGGGUUACGUUCUCGGCGCAGACGAGAAGUCUAUGGCAUGGACACACGGUUUACCAUCGCUGACAAGCAGUACUCCUUUAAGUAUCCAUUCUCCACAUCUGUGAAGAUCUCCACGGGUUGUUCUGGAGUGUUGGUGUCCCCCAAACACGUCCUGACUGCUGCUCAUUGCAUCCACAAUGGUACGGACUACCUGGAUGGGGUACAGAAACUCAGCGUUGGUGUGCUGAAAGAACGUUCCCGCCAAAAAGGGAAGGGACGGAAAGGGAAAGGACGGAAGGGGAAAGGCAAGAGGAAGCAUAAAGAAGAGGAGGAGGAGGAGGAGGAGGAGGAAAUCAAUGAAAAUAUAGAGAUUGGCGAGAAGCAGGAGCGUAAGGGAAAAGGCAAAGGCAGGAGAAACCGUAGUCGCCGCAGCACCACCUCCGAGCAGCCCUCGUUCCGAUGGACCCGGGUGAAACAGAUGCAGGUGCCGAAGGGCUGGUUUAAAGGGAUCUCGGAGAACGUUGUGGCUGAUUAUGACUACGCCAUCCUGGAGCUUAAAAGGGCACAGAAGACCAAAUACAUGGAUCUCGGUGUCGUCCCCUCCGUCAAGAAGCUGCCUGCAGGACGUGUCCAUUUCUCGGGAUUCGACGACGACCGGCCAGGCAACCUGGUGUACCGCUUCUGCUCCGUGUCCGAUGAGUCCAAUGACCUGCUGUACCAGUACUGCGAUGCAAAGCCUGGCUCCAGUGGCUCGGGUGUCUACAUUCGGCUCAAAGAGCCUGGCAAGAAGAAGUGGAAGCGAAAGAUCAUUGGAGUGUUCUCGGGUCACCAGUGGGUGGAUGUUAAUGGGAUGCAGCAGGAUUACAACGUGGCCGUGCGAAUCACGCCCCCCAAGUACGCACAAAUCUGCCUCUGGGUCCAUGGGGACUCCAGCCAGUGUCUGGGCACUUGAGAGACUCCAUCAGCCCGUCUGACUGCCACUGUCCCGGCUCUCAGCAACCCUUGUGCCUCCCAUUUGUGCACUACACAAACUGCUGCAUUCAUCAACACUAAAGACUAUAACACACCUACCAUUGAAUUUUUCCAAGCUAUUUUGAUACCUUAAUUUAUUUUAUUAGACCAUUUUUGUUAUGAAUCAGUUAGAGCGAAUGUAUUUCUAGAUUAAGGUGUCCUAACGAGAACUAAUUCUGUCCUAAACUGUCGUUUUGAAUUAGAAAAUGUACUUCAGUCAGUGUUGUUUGAUAUGGGAGGCAUUUGUUUUGUCUGGUAAUCUGUCUGGAUAUCUUGAAGUAGAAAGCUAGAUGACUAGUUGACACAAGGAAAAAAAAACUUUGAUGUUUAUUUGUGGAUUUUACUUCCCUUUUUUCAUCUUGAAGAACGCAUUUGACUAUCAAUAUGCUGGUGUUCUUUGUUAUCAUUAUUAUUAAAUGUUAUGAUUGUGUGACUUUGAUAGCAUAAACUGUAACCUGUCUUCAUGGGCUUCCGUUUACAAUUGUUCUGCUUUUUGUAUUACAGUGAAGGCAAUUAGUUGGAGGUUUAACCUUCAGAGUCAGAUGCCCUUGUUGACUUUUGGUGCUAAUUUAAUUUUAAAAUAUAAAACAUCAGAUGACCUGUCGGAGUAACAGUCUACUGUAGAACUGUAAGUAUGUAUUUAAUGUAAGACUCCUAUUAUGAGUUUCAUAUGAUUAUGACGUUCUUUAAAAAAAAUA